AUGGCGGCGCCCGCAGAGCGGCGCGCGGAGAAGCGGGUUCCGCGGUGCAUCAAGUGCCGCGCGGCGGACGCGGCGGCGCUGGUGAAUCAGACGGAGGCGCUGUGCGCGGGCUGUCUGCGCGGCGCGCUGCUGGGGAAGUUCAAGUCGGCCGUGAAUGGCGGCAAGCUCGUCGCCAAGGACGAUCACGUGCUGCUCGCCUUCUCGGGCGGCGCCGCCUCCAGGUGCGCGCUCGACUUUCUCCUCGCCAUACAGUCACCCCUCCUUCACUCACAAGGCGCCGCACCGCUCGGCGCGCAAGGGGCGGCGGCGAGGGGGCGCAUUCCGUUCCGCCUCUCCGUUGCUUACGUGGACGAGCGCGUGGCGGUGGGGAAUGACCUUCUGCCACGUGGCACUGCUGACAGGCUGGCAUGCGAGUUGCGGAAGAUCGUGAGCGACGCUGUGGCGGCGCACAGGGGCGCGCGUGACUGCAGCGGGGGCGACUGCGGGGAGGGCGGAGGGCGAGGGGCGGCGAGGGAGGGAGGGGCGGGGGCGGAGAAUGGGGGGCCGCACGGAGUGGCGUUCCACGUGUGGCGAGAGCACGGGGGAGCGGUUGGCUGCACGGCUGGCGGCGGUGGUGGGGGGGGCGGCGGAGGGCACGGGCAGGGAGGACGUGGUGGAGGCACUGCGCCUGGACGCCCUGAUGCUGGUGCGAGGGGGGAGGAGGGGGGGGAGUGUGUGUGA